GGCGAGGUAACGCCCCUGGUAACAUAGAGCCUAUGCGAUGCCACGGGUACAUAACGGGUACGUACAGGCGCGUAGUAAGGGCAAAUCCCGCCCGUGCCAUUGGCCGAUCGCGAGGUCGACGAUGAGGCUAGGUACCUCCUUGGAGCUGCUAUUGUACCUUAGGUACCUACCUACCUGAUAUGUUACCCUUAGGUACCUAUCUAGGUACCUACAUAAUGGAGCUGUCUUGGCUCCGUAGCGCAUCUCUUCUUCCCUUCUUCUGCUUCUUCUCUCGCUCAACUUCUCCCUCCUCCCCUAGGAACUCGUGUCCCGUCCUUCCCCCCUCCUCGAGAGCACCGACAUACACGUCUACGGACCACAGGGGACAAAGCGAGAGGGGCGGAUUGCUACGCCUCCAACGCCGUUCGGGCUUUUCUUUGACCGAGAUCUCUUGGGUAUCUCGACCUCGUCGCAACCGACGGAUGACGGCGGAUGGAAGCCAGCAUCUAGCAGCUACGCCAGAUGCACGUCUAGAAAUACACGCAAGUAUAAUCAUACAUAUAUAUAUAUAUCGCAUCGCCUGUCCGCAACCUCGUUACAUCACACACCUUAGUUUACACGGCAAUUUGGUCCAAUGCCGACUUGUCAACCCCUCGCCUCGUGGGGUGGGCAUCUCCCAUUACUAUCCAAUCUUAGCUCAACCCACGGCACCAGACACGCCACCCCCGCUAGUAGGCUCGUUCUUCUUCACAUCCAAGCAGAUGCACAUAGCCACGAUGAUCGUCAUGUCGACGUUCGGCGCCACCGUCACGUUGUACGUCUGCUGUCCGCCGAGAAUCUCCCGCGCGUUCCAUCGGUCGCGGCGGAUGGCUGCUACCACUUGCCCGGUGGUCGCGUCGGUAAUCUGCGCGUUCCUGUCCUUCCAGUCGCCUAUCAGCAUCAGCUCCUCCUGCUGGCCUGACGCCGACAUGAGUGUGCCGAUGAACUUGGAGCCGGUCACUAGGUUUCGACACGUCCUCGCCCGUUAGCCUGACCGCCCUGCCGCCGAAGUAUACGAGACGCCGCGGCACAGCCGAUGAGGUGCGCCGACGCCGACGACGCCGCGCACUAGCGUACGUGGAUAGGUCCGG